AUGAUCGCGCUAUUCACUUGGCUGUCCCACCUGACGACGGUGAGUCGGACUCUGGCCGUCUUUGCCGGAGUCCUGCUCUUCGUCCGGCUAUGGAUGGGUGGACGCAAAUCCCGUCUGCCCCUGCCUCCCGGACCCAGGGGCUACCCCGUCUUCGGCUACCUGCCUUUCUUGGGCAAGGACUACCACCUACACCUCACGGAAUUGGGGAGGAAGUUUGGACCUGUCUAUCAGAUCUUCCUCGGAGGCAAGAGAGUGGUCGUUAUCAGUGAUCCGGUCCUGGUCCGGCAUGCUUUCCGGCUCCCGGUUUUCUCCGGAAGGCCGGACACGGAACUCACGAAGCUCUUACAAGGAUAUGGAAUCAUAAAUUCUGCGGGUGCGCUUUGGAAGGAACAGAGGUCAUUUUUGCACAGUGUUUUGCGAGAUUUUGGUGCAAAAAACUUUGGACCAAGCAAAAGCUCUUUAGAAAGAAAUAUACUGCGUCAAGUUUCCGAGUUCUUAGGAGCCCUUAGCAGCACCAACAGCACCCCUUGCACCGUGCGACCCCUGUUGGCCCGUGCUGUUAGCAACGUGGUCGGAUCCAUGCUGAUGUCUGUGACGUUUGAACAACACGACUCAGGGUUCGAGAGACUCCUGUCCCUCAUAGAUGAGGGAUUCAAACUGCUCACCCUGGCUGUCCCAGUCAACUUCAUCCCUCUUCUGAGGUAUGUCCCCAGUUGCAACUACGCCUACCAGAAGAUCAAGCGCAACAAGGCCGAGACUGCUGCUUACUUUGCUGAAGUUGCUGAUUCGCACAAGCAGUCGCUGGACAGUGGGAACGUCCGGGAUUUCGUGGAUGCAUUCUAUUUGCAACAGAAAAAGGCCGAGGAGUCCAACAAGAAGUCCUACUUUUCUGAGGAACAACUGGUACAAGUCAUGGGAGACAUCUUCAGUGCUGGACUUGAGACGGUCACGUCGACACUGGAGUGGGCCAUCUUGUUCGUGGUUCGCCACAAUGAAGUGCAGAAGCGUCUUCAGGAAGAAAUUGACAAAGUCAUUGGACGUGAUAGAUCCCCAGAGCUUAAGGAUCUGUCCUCCAUGCCAUACACGGAAGCCACUAUACUGGAGGUCCUGAGGAGAGCAAAUGUGAUAGUUCUGGGAAAUGCUCAUGCAACUCUCGAGGAUACCGAAUUAGGUGGCUACUUCAUCCCGAAGGACAGUCACGUGCUACCCAAUUUGUGGGCCAUUCACAUGGAUCCGGAGCUCUGGGAUAGGCCCGAGGAAUUCAGGCCCGAACGCUUUCUAGUCAACGGACGAGUUGUGAAACCAUCAUUCUUUAUGCCAUUCUCAGUCGGUCGAAGAAUGUGUGUGGGAGACAAUCUUACUCGAAUGGAAGUCUUUCUGUUUCUGACGAGUCUCUUACAACAGUUCGAACUGAAAGUACCUACGGGAGCAGCUCCACCCUCCUUAGAAGGCAUCGCCGCUCUUUCCAUGACGACGCAGCCUUUUCAAGUUUGUACCGUGCCAAGAAAUACGUGA